GGUGACACUCAGGUAGCUGAAAAGCUAGUCGCAAAAGGGCAAGGAUCCGUUGCCAGUACAUCAAAGAACGUCCCGAUAACGCAUCCCACUUCACGAACUUUGCGCGACUUCACAUGAACGCGCAAACAUGGGUCAGAUGGAAGAUGAAGUGAUCGGACUGAAGGAUGCGGAGCAGGCUGAUUUCCGGCAUGCGCCGACUGGCCUCGAUGCGGAAGGAACAUUGCAAGAUGCUGUAAGAGACUUAAUAACAUCCUACCACGGCCUCAACCCCUCAACAAUCGACACUCUCACCACCGAACCCUCACCCCUACAAUUUAUGCGCCACGUCGCCCGCAACCGACCCUUCAUCGUCCGCAAUGGAGCCAAAGACUUCAAAGCCAGGAAAACAUGGAACGCCUCGUACCUAAAAACCGUGAUGCAAGGCCAAAACGUCAACGUAGCAAUCACACCCAACGGGAACGCCGAUUCCGUCGUCUCUCUCCCCUCAGGUGGCGCGAUAUUCGUCAAACCGUAUGAGACCGAAGAGCCCUUUGAGGAUGUUCUAGACAAGAUCAAACAACAAGAGCAAGAAGAAGACUACAGCGGUCCAACACGUUACGCGCAAACUCAAAAUGACAAUCUGCGUAACGAGUACUCUACGCUCUUCGCCGAUGUACCCAAGAGCAUACCGUUCGCGCGUAUAGCACUUGAACAAGAACCCGACGCCAUCAAUUUCUGGCUCGGAAACUCUUAUUCGACGACUGCUCUACACAAAGACAACUACGAGAACAUUUACGUGCAAAUCCUGGGUCAGAAGCAUUUCGUUCUCUUGCCGCCGGUGGAAGCGGGAUGUAUUAACGAGAAGAGCGUGCUAGCCGCGACUUACACUCCGAAGGAUGAAAACCUAUCCCCUGAAGCGCUUAAAAACGGCGAUCUGAUAAUGAAGGUCGAUGAGCCGGAAGAAUACGUCCCAUUCGCAACGUGGGAUCCGGAUCAGCCCACUACCAACACCACGCCGUACUCCCAACACUCGCAGCCACUACGAGUAACGCUCGAAGAAGGCGACAUGCUAUACCUACCCGCACUAUGGUACCACAAAGUAAGCCAAAGCUGCAACGAAGAAGGAAUCUGUUGCGCGGUAAACUACUGGUACGAUCUCGACUUCAGCGGUGGGUUCUGGAGUACCGCGAAUUUCGUUCGAAGCGCCGGCUUGCUGAGCAUGGAGGAAAAGACAGCGCUACAGGCAAAAGACGAGAGGUGAUUGAUCUGUGCA